AUGUAUCUAGGCACCCCGGCCCCCCUAGUUUCGGGAGUCAAAUCUAUUCCCAAUCAAACCAUACCAAAUUUAUCUGCAUUGGCUCGUGAAUUCGACGUUCCUUGCCAGCGGCUCUCAAAUCGCUAUCAUGGUGGAAAUUCACGUUCUACGCGCGCACGAACGAAUUUACGAUUAUCGGAAUCUCAGGAAAUAGCACUUUGUCAGUAUAUUGAUACCUUUGAGAAAGUAGAGAUUUUUCCCCGCCGUGAUAUGGUGCUUAAUGCUGCCAAUUCGAUUCUACGUGAAGGCCAGCCUGAUGCUUCUCCAUUAGGCGAACACUGGCUCAAAAGAUUCUUUUCACGUCAUCCAGAAUAUCGUGUACGUCGUGCUAAAGCAUUAGACGUUGAGAGAAAACAAUCACACGAUUUUGAAACUAUCCAAGAUUGGUAUAUUCGCCUUGAGAAGAAGAUUACCGAAUUCGGGAUUCCACCGGAAGAUAUAUAUAACUUUGAUGAGACGGGCUUCCGAAUUGGUAUAGGAAGAAACCAGUAUAUCGUUACUCGCGAAGUCAAGAAGAAGAUUUUUGUACCAAUUAACACAAAUCGAGAAUAUGUGAGCGUUGUUGAGGGCAUAAAUGCUUCCGGAUUCGCGAUAUCGCCGUUCAUCAUUAUUGCUGCAAAGAAUAUUAUACAAGGCUGGUUUGACGCAACUAGUUACGAUCAAAACAUUGCUAUUGGAGUGAGUGAUUCUGGCUAUAUCAGCGAUGAAUUGGCCUUCCAAUGGAUUCAGCACUUUCAUCGACAAACGUUUCGAAAAAUAAAGGGUCAAUAUCGAUUAUUACUUUGUGAUGGCUAUGGAUCUCAUGUAACGUGGGAUUUCAUGAAUUUCUGUGAAAAACAGAAGAUUAUUGUAUUCUUUUUACUACCUCAUGCCAGUCAUUUUAUGCAGCCUCUUGACGUUGGUGUUUUUCAUGCUUUUAAGCACUGGCAUAGCGAGGCUGUUUUUGCCGCUUCAUAUACCGGUAUUGGCAAGUUUACUAAAGUCGAAUUCCUUACUGCCUUGCAUACGAUUCGUGAGAAAACCUUCAAAUUACGAACAAUCCAGCACGGAUUUAGACUCACUGGAAUUGUGCCUUUCAAACCAGCUAUUGUUCUUGAUAAUAUGGCUGAAUUUAGGCCUCCGGCAACACCUCCGUCACCGUCGUUAUUAGAAUCGGAUUUUUCAAGCGGUAACACGCCUAAAACUGCUCGGAAAUUUGAAGCUGUUGGUUUAACUACGGUCCGUAUCACGAAGCAUAGACGGUAG